AUGCAUUCAAUUCCACCUGCGAGAAUGUUCAAGGCCUUUGUUCUUGAUGACAAUCUCAUCCCCAAGCUCCUUCCGCAAGCCAUUGAGGAUUUUGUCACCCUUGAAGGUGAUGGCGGUCCCGGCACCAUCACGUCGUUUUCAGCAAAGGCGAUUUUUUGCGUCACGCACACAUAUGCCAUCGUCGAGGGCGAUGCGCUAGAGAAGAUCUCAAAUGAGAUCAAGGCCGAGGCGGGGCCAGACAGGGAGGGUGCAUGGGCAAGAGCACGAGCAAGUACUUCGUCAUGGACGGGAAGAGAACAAGGCCAGCAAAGAGAAGGCCGUGGGAAUGUUGAAAGCCAUUGA